GCGGAGAAAACUCACCAAGCCGGGGAGGGGGCUUGGAAGCGCCUCAGACCAUAUUGGGGGCGUCUGGCUGGCACAACCGUCGAGCCCCGCCCCCGCCGCCUUCGGGGGGGUUCGCGGGGGAGCGCCCGGGCCGGCGGCAGCCUUCACACUCCCGGAACUCCCGGCCCGUGCCGCCCGCGACCACUGACCCCCGGGUUGCAACCCAGCCUUGGGUCAGGCCCCAAUCCCGCCCGCGGGCCGCAUCAGCUCGUACCACCCUCCGCGCCACAUACCCACGCUCCCCCGCAGCCGCGAGUGGUGCGGCCCGGCCCCGCCCCCUGACGCCUGCUAGGGGCGGAGCGCCCUCCCGUCACGUGACGGGGAGUGACCUCGCCGCCCGGCGCCAUGGGGGCUUCGGACCCGGAAGUGGCGCCCUGGGCUCGCGGCGGUGCCGCGGGGAUGGCGGGAGCCGGAGCAGGAGCGGGAGCUCGCGGCGGAGCGGCGGCGGGGGUCGAGGCUCGGGCUCGCGAUCCGCCGCCCGCGCACCGUGCACACCCGCGCCACCCUCGGCCUGCGGCACAGCCCUCCGCCCGCAGGAUGGACGGCGGGUCCGGGGGCCUGGGCUCCGGGGACAACGCCCCGACCACCGAGGCUCUUUUCGUGGCGCUGGGCGCUGGCGUGACGGCGCUCAGCCACCCGCUGCUCUACGUGAAGCUGCUUAUCCAGGUGGGUCAUGAGCCGAUGCCCCCCACCAUUGGGACCAAUGUGCUGGGGAGGAAGGUCCUCUAUCUGCCGAGCUUCUUCACCUAUGCCAAGUACAUUGUGCAGGUGGAUGGGAAGAUAGGGCUCUUCCGAGGCCUGAGCCCCCGACUGAUGUCCAACGCCCUCUCCACGGUGACUCGGGGCAGUAUGAAGAAGGUUUUCCCUCCAGAUGAGAUCGAACAGGUUUCCAACAAGGAUGACAUGAAGACUUCUCUGAGGAAAGUAGUGAAGGAGACCUCCUACGAGAUGAUGAUGCAGUGUGUGUCCCGCAUGCUGGCCCACCCCCUGCAUGUCAUCUCAAUGCGCUGCAUGGUCCAAUUUGUGGGACGGGAGGCCAAGUACAGCGGUGUGCUGAGCUCCAUUGGGAAGAUUUUCAAAGAGGAGGGGCUGCUGGGAUUCUUUGUCGGCUUAAUCCCUCACCUCCUGGGAGAUGUGGUUUUCUUGUGGGGCUGUAACCUGCUGGCCCACUUCAUCAAUGCCUACCUGGUGGAUGACAGCUUCAGCCAGGCCUUGGCCAUCCGGAGCUACACCAAAUUUGUGAUGGGGAUUGCAGUGAGCAUGCUGACCUACCCCUUCCUGCUGGUUGGUGACCUCAUGGCUGUGAACAACUGCGGGCUGCAGGCCGGGCUCCCCCCGUACUCCCCCGUGUUCAAGUCUUGGAUCCACUGCUGGAAAUACCUGAGCGUGCAGGGCCAGCUUUUCCGCGGCUCCAGCUUGCUUUUCCGCCGGGUGUCAUCAGGAUCGUGCUUUGCCCUGGAGUAACCUGAAUCCCCUGAAAAAACACCGUGUCUCAGCCUCGCCACUGCGGGUGGGGCCUGAUCAUCUCGGGCACCUGUCAGAUGAGUCCAGCCCGGCCAGCGGGGCUUCAGUUUCCAUAUUUGCCGUGUGUCUGUCCAGCAGUGGGGGUCGGGUGGUGGGGGAGGCUGCACCCAGUGGAUGGGUUACCUGUUAGACCUGGGGAAGGUGGGGUGGGGCUAGGGAAUUGGGGCAGAACCCCCUUCCUUCACAGAUUUACCGAGUCUGUCCUAUGCAAGGGGUCAGAGAAUGGCUCGUGGAGGCCCAGGUAGGAUGGGAAGAGGCUCACGAAGUCAGAUCCCACCCCCCCCCCCCCCCCCCCCCCCCCCCCCCCCCCCCCGCAGUCAGCCCCAGCCAUCAUUCUGCAGCUCAGCUGGGAGCCUGCUCUCCUGCUUGUAAAUAGGGCGUGGUCCCCUUGCACGAGGCCACCAUCAUGUGCAGGCCUGUGCUAGGAAGCUCUUGCUAGGUGCUGCCUUCAUGUUUCUCAACACUACUCCUCUGACACAGAGGCGGCACUUUCUGAACGGGAAAUCACGUGACUGCUCCAAAUGUGUCUCCCUCGUCAAAUGCUCGUGGGUUUCGUGGUGAGGCUUUACGUACAGGAUCUGGUUCCCUGCGCAGUUGUGAACACCCGGAAGUUAGGCAGGCCAGUGUCUCUCGUACUAUUCGGUUUAAAAGUUCCCGAUAAGAUCUGACCUUGUCUCCCUCAAAUAAAUGUAUUGGUGGUGAUUUGGAGUUUUGUGGGGAGCGUGUU